AUACACAACAACCCGCUACCCAGUUAUUUUUAGUUUUGAAGUCUUUCCCCAAAAAGAAAUAUAUAUAAAGAAUGAAGAUAUAUAACCUAGAUGAAGACACGUUACUGGACGAAACCGAGGGCAGUACACACGCUGAAGGCAUGGAGGGUGCAGCGAAAACACCGGUCUCCUUGCUUCAGGAGCUGUACGUGAAGAAGGGCAUCAACCCCAAGUAUGAUUUGAUCCAAAUCGAGGGGGCCAUCCAUGAGCCUACGUUCAAAUAUCGGGUUUCUGUUGGGGAACUAGUUGCCAUGGGAUCUGGGCAGUCCAAGAAAAAAGCCAAGCAUGCUGCAGCUAAAGCGGUUUUGGACAAAAUCUGGGGUGGUCAUUGCUCUACAUUGCUGGAAAAUAUUGGUGGUGGCACGUUGAGAACAGUAACUUCACCCUAUGAUGAUGGUAUUCCGGGCAAUCCAGUAGGCAACCUACAAGAACUGUGCAUAUCUCACAGAUGGGCGCCUCCGAGUUACGUGCUGGAAGGCGAAAAUGGCCUGCCACACGAAAGGGAAUUUGUCAUCACUUGUGUCGUGGAGAACCACCAGGAAAUUGGAGUGGGCAAGUCGAAGAAAUUGGCAAAGAGACAAGCGGCCUAUCGAAUGCAGAUGAAACUCAAAGAUACGCCCAUCGAGCUGCCCAACCAAGGCGGUCUCGAGGACGAGGAUGAAAUUGCGCAAAGGGCUUCACUUAGGUGUGGCGGCUUAAAGGAAAACCAAUCGAGCAAAUCCUCUCACGGAAUCAAAAUAACGCAGUUCCACCGAAGCCUCAGAAAACUCGCCGGAGAAAAGAUCGCAGCCUUACAAGAAGUGGCCUUGAAGGAUCCUUGUUUAGAUUACUUCCAAUUGCUGCGCGAGAUAUCGGCGGAGCAAAAGUUUGACGCCACCUACGUGGACAUUGAGGAAAAGACGCAUUCGGGUCGAUACCAGUGUCUUUUGACCAUGUCGCUCACGCCAAUCGCCGUCGUUUGCGGCAGCGGCUCGUCCUACGAAGAAGCUCAAAAAGAAGCCGCCUUCAGUGCCCUGCACUAUCUCAAGCUGAUGACGAAGAAGAUGCCAUCAGCACAAGUCCCGGCCAGCAGCAGCACCGAUCCCGCCACCGACUCGGCCAAUGAAGAAACGAAUAGUAGUCGGUAGUAAUAGCUUUGACGAUGUGACCACCAAUUUAGCAUUUUGCUUUACACCUUAAAAGUAUUUCCUCUCUCAGACUAGGUCAUUUGUUUUAGUCCUUAUUGACAAUCUCAACAUUUUCAUGUGGCGGCAUUUUCUUGAAAUCAAUCGUCAAUUGCGUGCGUGUGUGUAAUUGUAAAAAAAUGCCCUCCCUCAAAUGAUAUGCCAACCAACCCCCAACGAGACAGAAAAAGAAAAUACACAUUGUGAUCGAUUUUAA